AUGACUGAAUAUCAAGACUAUAUCGGCUAUAGUCUGGCGGCUUCUUACUACUGCCUCCAAGUCAACAGUGAAGCUAUCCAGAACAACAAUGCUGAUGAGUUUCUAGAACCAAGUGAGACCAUUAAAAAGCCCAUUUCGAAUGUACCAAGCAAUAUUAGCAACUCUUUGGAAGUACCGCGAUUGUCACUUAGGGACUUUAACUGGAAGAAUCGUGCUCGCUUUCUUGAACUGAUGGAGCGUCACUCAUUUGUGGUUAUCACAGACAUUGACAAAAGAGUAGAAGUUGCGCAUCGUCGAGUGCUGCAGGACUUUGAGACUUUCUUUACAAGCGAUAACGACCAAUGGAAAAAUAGUUGUACUAGCAAGCACGUCUACGUGAAUGAGAAUGGAAUACCCUUUUGGUACAUGGGAUACGAACACACGAGUGUGCGUGACUGCUACCGUGUUGCUUGUGGAGACAUGUCGAAUCUAGUGUGGCCGUCAAUAGAAUUUAGGAGCAACUGGUUGUCACUUCAGUGCUGCCUGCAGCGCAUUUGCGACCGGGCAUUGAGCUUGACCGUCGGAUUCGAUAUUGUGCGGUGCCACGCACGACCUGAUAAAGACUUUUCCGUAUGCUAUGGUCUUCACUACCCAAAUGUCGAGGGCAGCGGUCAGUCCGAGACCGAGAAUGUUUUCGAGCACAUAGACCCAAGUCUGUAUGUCGUGGAGCCUGUACCUAGUGUCGAGGGCUUAGAUGUGUUUGAUCAGCAUACGAAGCAGUGGCUCAACGUAGAAUCAGUAUGCGUUCCUGGCAAGGAGAUUGUACUUUUUGGUGGCCACGCGUUAAGUAAAGCCACACAAGGACGGAUCUUAGGAACGUUGCAUCGCGUUCGGCGCACCCCGAAUCGGCGUUUCUGCAUUAUAUAUGAGCAAAAGUAUGAGGAGUACUUCCUAUAA